AUGGACCUAAGAGAUAUCAAAGGGACCUCCCAAGAGCAGGGCCAAUUACAUCAGAAGCUAUGGGAACUUAACCAAACAUAUACAUCAGGGAACGUGUUGCCUAGUGCUAGUGAUUUGUCGCGAGCCAGAGCAUCUCUACCAGAGUCUCUCCCUGCUGAAGGAACGGGUUUCGAAAGUGCCACCCAGCAUAUCCUAAAUGACUUGGUCCCAGCCUUCAACCGCAGCAGCAUAAGUCCUAAUUAUUACGGAUUUGUCACCGGAGGUGUUACCCCGGCAGCCCUAUUUGCAGACAAUCUAGUCACAGCCUACGAUCAGAAUGUCCAAGUGCACCUUGCAGAGCAUUCUAUAUCGACAGACGUCGAAGCCACUGCUCUUGGUCUGCUUGCCGAUCUUCUGAAAUUGGAUCGACGGAGCUGGAAUAACGGGACUUUUACCACUGGGGCCACGGCCAGCAAUGUUCAUGGAUUAGCUUGCGGGAGGGAGUUUGUCCUCCGCGCUGCUGCCAAGAAGAGUGGAAUCGAUAUAGAUAGCGUUGGCGAGUAUGGCUUGUUCGAAAUCAUCCAAGCUACAGGAAUCUCUGGUAUCCAAAUUCUCUCGACUAUGCCUCACUCUUCGUUGGCAAAGGCCGCUGGAAUUCUUGGCAUAGGCCGUGCCAACGUUAAGAGCAUUUGUCGGGAAAAUCAUUACCUUCAGAUCGACUUUGAACGACUUGAAGCGGAGCUAAAAGCCAGUAAGGCGAGUAUCGUCGCUGUCUCCUGUGGAGAGGUCAAUACUGGACAUUUUGCGACGUCAAGCUUGGUUGAAAUGAAACGCCUGCGUAGCCUCUGUGACAAGUACGGAGCCUGGCUUCAUGUCGACGGUGCUUUUGGGAUCUUCGGCCGGAUAUUGAACGGUGCCGAAUUUUCGGCUAUAUCAAAGGGGUGUGAGGGUAUGGAGCUAGCAGACUCGAUCGCAGGUGACGCUCACAAAUUCCUCAACGUGCCGUACGACUGUGGCUUUGUCCUUUGUCGCCAUCCUGGUGAGGCUGAGAAGGUUUUCCAAAAUGCAAAUGCGGCCUACUUGUCUGGGGGGCAGUCUGGAGCGCUCCCAAUACCUUCUCCACUAAACAUCGGUAUGGAGAAUUCGAGACGGUUUAGAGCGCUGCCAGUGUAUGCCUCGCUAUUGGCAUAUGGCCAGAUUGGGUAUCAGGAGAUGCUACAGAAGCAAGUUCGGCUUAGUCGAAUGAUCGCAGGCUGGAUAUUCGAUCAUCCCAAGUACAAUGCUUUGCCAGAUUUGUCAAGCAAGGAUGAGUUGCUAGACCAUACCUACAUCAUAGUGCUGUUCAGUGCAAAGGACGACGAGUUGAACAGCAACUUAACCAAGGAGAUAAAUGCGACUUCUAAGCUUUUUGUGUCUGGAACCUCCUGGCAAGGAAGACCGGCUUGUCGCAUCGCAAUCUCAAACUGGAGGGUGGAAGAAGAAAGGGACUUUGCACUUGUGACAGAUGUCUUGGACACCGUGGCUGGAAGAGUAUAG